ACUACCGGGGGAAGGAGGGAUGGAAUGGGAGGGUCUUCCUUCCCACAUAGCGCUGCGUGAGGGCCGGCAUGGCGGCUGGGAGGGUCGGGCUGAGCUCGUGGUACCGAGUGCUGGCGCUGAGCAGGCGGUGCGGACGGUGCUCUUCUACUAAUGCAGCUCUUGGGAAGACUGUUGAAAACAAAGAAGGUGCUCCAGAAGAAAUUGUGCUCCCACGAAGGAAAACUUGGGAUAAACUAGCAGUUCUCCAAACGUUGGCUUCUACUGUGAAAAGGGAUCCUACUGCUGCUCAUUAUAUGUUCUAUGAUGACCCUUACCUUAUGCCAAGAAAUUCAGCCACCGCUCGUCUGCUUUCCUUGUCAAAAGAGUCUGGGAGAAAUGCUGCAAGAUAUAUUAUUAAGGAAUAUCCUCAUUUUUUUGACAAGAUUCUUGCUGAACCAAACAUACCAAGUUUGAUGCCUGAGAUAUGUACACCUCAGAUUGAAGGUGUGAAUGAGGAAGCUCUGAAAGAACGCAUCAACCUCCGAAUGGUGAAAGCUUCAGUGGACCUGUUUGAUCAGCUCCUACAAGCAGGUACACCUGUAUCACUGGAGACCACUAACAGCCUUUUAGAUUUGUUAUGCUUUUAUGGGGAUGGAGAAUCUACUCAGGAAAAGGAAUCUGAAGAAAAAGAAGAAAAAGAGGAUUUGGAAGAAUCAGAGGUGAACGCUUCAGAGCAGGAGACUCCAAAGAGACCUCCCCGAAGAGGAUUGCACCCAUCUGCCUCUAGAUGGAGGGAAAACAACAAUGCUGAAAGGAUAUUUAAGAUAAUGCCUGAGAGGAACGCACACUCCUAUUGCACAAUGAUCCGUGGGAUGGUGAAGCACGGGGCUUCUGCUAAAGCUUAUGACAUGUACACAGACUUGCUGAAUGACAGGCACAAGGCUGAUGUGCACACCUUCAAUGCACUGAUUACAGCAGUCCCAUUUCUGAAGGACAGGUUCCUGGAAAGAUGGGAAUUAAUCAAGAUGUUCUUGACUCACAUGGCUCAGCAGGAAGUGCAACCAAAUGUGAGAACUUUUAAUGCUGUACUGAAGACUCUGAGAAGAUGUGGUGGUGUAGGCAGAAGUAUGGCCAUGCCAGUAAUGAAGGAGAUGGAAGCACUUGAAAUUGAGCCUAGCCUUGCAACGUAUGAUCAUCUUCUCUCUAUAUUUUAUAAAACUGUUGAUCUUGCCCCAUCAAGCAUCAUCUCCGAGGUGCUGGAUGAUGUUGAAAAGAGGAGCUUCACUCCCCAGGACCCUGAUGAUGCCAGAUUUUUUACCAAUGCCAUGCAGGUGUGCUGUGAUCUUAAGGAUAUCAAGCUUGCCUAUCGUUUAAAUAAAGCAAUGGAGAAGGGAGACAAUUGGAAGUUCUUGGACAUGGAUCGCUUAAAUUUGUACUGGUCAAAAUUCUUUUCGUUGUUGUGUAUGAUGGAACAAAUUGAUGUCGUGUUGAAAUGGUACAAAGAGAUGAGCCCUUCGCUCUUCUAUCCGAGUCCUAAAAACAUCUUGGACCUCCUCCAAGCCCUGGAUGCAGCCAACCACUUGGAAGUGAUCCCUUCUGUCUGGGAAGAUAUGAAACAGCUGGGGUUUAAUAAGAGACGAGAUCUGUUGGAAGAAAUUCUGUCCUUGAUGAGCAGGGAUCAGCACCCUGCAGAGGUCCAAUUGGCAUUUGCCAAGUGUGCAGAAGAUAUCAAAGCAGUCCAUGAGCAAUCUGGGAGAGAUCAGGUCCCACUGGAAUGGACGGGCAGUGCACUGGGCAGUGUCACUGUGGUGUUUUCCAGGGCUGGGAGAACCCAGGACGCGUGGAGCAUGAUGGAGCGUUUCCAGCAAAUCAAUAGGAUUCCCACUGACCUGGUGAUGGAUGAGUUCUUGAACUGUGCUAAACAAACCAAUUCCCCGGAGGAGGCGAUUAAGCUGGUGAAGCUGGCAGCAUCCCUUGGUCUUCCUUCAUCGCAGAAGCUUAAAAGCAGAAUAGAGAAGGAAUUUGAACUCUCUGAAAACCAGAAGAGGACACUGGAGAGCAUCCAGUCAGACAGCGACAGCAGUGACAGCGACAGUGACAGCGACAGUGACAGAGACUAGCUGUCCUCCCUGCCUUCCCAUAGGGAAAAGCUGAAGUGCUCUGGUGAGACACGUGCUGCUUUCUGGCUCAAGCAGCAUUUCUCUGGGUCAUCCUGGGACUUAAACCAGUGCUGAGUUCCUUCCAUGCUGACUUCACUUAAAUAUGAAGUUCAGUCUGCAUGUAAAUGCUGUAAGUAAUCGUUGUCUGUGGUGUUAUUUCUCAUCCAUUUGGUGCUGGGACAGGCUUUGGAAUGUAGAGGAAAAGCUGCCACUUGUUUCAGCCUCUGUACAGCUGGAUGCUGCAUCUAAUAAAGGGCUGAUGCUAAGGACAGCUGAA